AUGGACUUUUACAAACAACGGCGAUUUAUUUGUGAAAUCACGGGGCAUUCAGGCUUGACAUUUUUUGAGGCUCUUCAGAGUGAAGCGACGGAAUCUCGAGAGCUCAAUAGCGCUUUCCCAGAUGCCUUGAAGGAACCCAUUCUGAGGAGAGUACAAUUCUCAACCGUUUCCAGAGUUGACCAUCUAGUCGAUGAAAUUUUUGAAGAGUUCAAACAAGACUUUUACCCUGGAGAGCAUGUCACCACGGUUUUGGAGGACAACACUCGUUUACACGGCAUAAUUCGAGACAAAAUGAGCAUUCCACGACAGUAUUAUCCGGACGGCGGCGUAAAGUCGGAGGCAUAUGCUCGGUAUCUGAUCAGAAUCGAUCGCUCUCACGAAGAGGCCCUCCUUGAUCAGGACCAUAUCACGCGUGACCGGAAGACCUUCUCCAAACAGAUGCUUCGCGCUUUUAUUAAGAACAAUACCACCCGCGAAUCAUGGAGUGGAGCACCGUGGCUAGUUAAACCAAACAUUGCGGAAGAAUACAAGAUCGAGACCGAAGUUCCAAAGCAUCUUCAGUACGGUGCACGUGUUGCUGAAAAGAAGGCGAUGAAGAAGGCAGAUCAGGAGGGACAUUUUGGAUUCUUCUCGUCGAAGAAACUUCCCGAGCUCAAACCAGCUACCGGCAACGCUCCGAAAGUCAAGCUGACUCCUCAAGAACUGGCGAGAAAUAAAGCUGAACAGUUUCUAGAAUAUCAACGCUCACUGAACGGCGACCCGUCGUUUCUGGUUGCUAAACAAAACGGUAUGACCGUUAAUCGCGCUACGAAGGAUGCCGAGGCAGAUACAAAACUCCCAGCUGUUCCUACCGUUGUUAUCAAAACAGCACCUCCCCCUCCCCCGGUCAUCAAGUAUCCAAUUGAGGAUUUAGACCUCAAAUAUGAUCCUGAGCGGAGAACUCGUCCGAAGUUGAGCUUUUCGCUUGACCCUUAUCCAGGCUUUUCGGACGACAGCGAUUUAUUACAAGACGAAAUCAAGCCCGAAUCAGUUAGCCAUUUCCUCGAGACUUGGAAUACCUUAAAUGUAUACUGCGAGGUUUUCCAGCUGGACUCUUUCACUUUUGACGAUUUCGUGGAAGCGAUUCGUUUUUCCUCUGAGGAGGUGACUUGCGAACUUUUUGUUGAAGUCCAUUGUGCAGUCCUCAAAAAACUAGUUAACGCCUCAAACGACGAUGACGGUGCAAUUCAAGUAUCGCUGCCUGAUUUACCACAUGGCUCUUCUGAUGACUCAGGUUCCGACGAAGAGGAAGAGGAAGAGCCUAAUCCUGAACCAGAACCAGUUGUCACUCGAAUGACCACGAGAAGUAGUCUGGCUAAAGCCGAGGCCGCUAAUCUGCAAUCACAGCUUGAUGCCGGUAGUGGAGCGGACUUGGGAAAGCCGCUACUCCACCGAGCUGUGGCUCUAUUCGAGCGGUACGAUUGGAUUGACAAAUUGCGGAAACGCGACUUCCGGAACGGUGGAUGGGAAUUGAUUAUGGCUGGACUCCUCAAUCAACUGUCUGUGCGGCCGAAGAUGGAAGCGGUUUGUGAGGAGAUCUUGAAACAUCUCAUCCCAGUCGAUAUUGAGCCUACACAGGAGAGUGUUGGCCAGCAAUACUUGACUCUCAAUGUCAAUCUCCGCAUCCGUGCACUACAGAUAAUCUGCAUGCUUAGUCUGGAAACCAAGGCUAUAAGGAACUAUCUCGAGGAAUGUAGUAACCAGAUGACAGAGUUCCGGAAGGAGAAGAUUGAGCACCAACGUGCUCGGAAGUUGGCACUCGAGGAAUUACGGAAGCUUCAUGCUGAGCGAAAAGAGCACGAACCUGAACCGGAGAAGGAUGAGAAAGAUAAGGACAAUGACAAAUCAAAAAAGGAGACGCCAUUAGAGGACGAGAAUCUGGACUCCAUGCUGACUACGAAUGCGGAGGAUGAUGUAGAUACUGAUGAGAUCAUGGAUACGGAGGACGACAACCCCCGAGGCCCAUCACUUCGUGGGGGAGUGGACCGCAUUAUGGAGCGCAAACGACGGCGGGAAGCCGAGAAAGAACGAAGGGAGCAGUUGGCGAAGCAGCCAAAGGGGUCUAAGCAAUACCAAAAAAUAAUGAAGAAAAUAGACGAGGUGGAGGCCAAAAUUGCAGCUUUGGAGGAUGAAAUUGCGGUGAUUGAUAAUGAUCUCCGCGAGGCAGAUUGUCCGAGAACUAGAUGUCUGGGUAAAGAUCGCUUUUGCAACCGAUAUUGGUGGUUUGAGCGCAACGGUAUGCCCUAUGAAGGUCUACCGAACAGCUCCACUGCCGAUGCAAAGUAUGCAAACGGCCGACUGUGGGUUCAGGGACCUGACGAUAUGGAACGCGAAGGAUUUUUGGAACUUCCUGAAAACCUCAAGAAAUUAUACGCCAAGGAACACCGGGUCAGUCCGGCUGAACGCAAAGCUCGUGAGGAGGGUGGAACAAGCCUCCCAGAUGCCCACCACUGGGCAUAUUAUGAUGAGUCCAGUCAGUUGGAUGAGCUGAUCAAGUGGCUUGAUGCACAUGGCAUUCGAGAAAUGAGGUUACGAAAAGAGCUUCAGCUUCAACGAGACUUCAUUUCGAAGCACAUGGAAAACCGUCGUCAGUACCUGACUCAGACUGCGGAGAGGGCAGAGUCCGAGGAAAUUCCAGCAAAGCGUAUGUCUACCAGGACCAAGACCUACGUUGACGACGGGAAACAUCGAUGUCUCAAGUGGAAGAACACCACGGCGCUGAAUGAAAACGGACACCUUCAUGUCGACGCAGCCCGCCCUACGAAGCGUGCGAAGAGGGCAACAGACGAACCGAAAGAGCUAAAGGCGACCAGUAAACAGACCAAGUCUCUGAGUCGACAAGGAUCACGUUAUAAGUCGUGAGGGCAGAGCAAUGGAAUUUCCUUCUCGCUCCCCCUGAGUGAACGUUCCUACAGUGUAUCAUAUGUGGAUUUGCGGCCAUAUGGGCGGUUUUCGAUUAUUUUCUUUGCUGGAGUUGGAGAACUUUUUUCUGGUUUAUACAUCAUUGGACAGAGCAUAGAGACGCGGCGCACGAGGCAGAUUGUUCGAUAUAGACAUCUCCCUAGGGCAUUGGGUUGGCAUGGUUUGGCAUCAUCCGUGUGGGUUUUGACGCGGGAGUUUGGCUGGAAGUAUUGGCUCGCACUGAGUAGUGUCUGUUGGUACUACUAAUCAUUGGAGAAUUAAGAAGCAGCAUAUACUAUUUGUCAUCUAUUGAGAUCAGAGAAAUGGACAUUAAGCAAUUUUGCA